AUGUUGUCCAGACGGUGUGCCGCGCUUCUCUCCCACUGCAUGGCUCGACGAGCACUUCCGGCGGUCGCUGGAGUUGCCACGUCAUCGGAAGCCCAAGUCGUGGACACUGGCCGUGUGCAGAAGGAGGUGUUCAAAUCGAUCUCAGAAGAAGUGACUGAGACGAAGAGACAGCGACUCUUCGCCGUCGUUUAUAUUAAUGGCAGACAGUGGAAAGUCAGUGACGGAGACCUCAUCAAUCUGGAGGGCAAUCUUCCGCUGAACGUGGGCGACGAGAUCAAGCUGGAGAAGGUUCUGAUGGUCGGCGGUGCGAAUUUCUCGCUCUUCGGUCGUCCGCUCCUUGACUCCUCUGCCGUUUCCGUGAAUGCCGUCGUCGUUGAGAAGAAGACCACAUCGCCGGAGCUCGAAUACGUUCACCUCAAUCAUCAUCAGACAAAAAUUGUCAGAUGUAAGCGAAAUAAGAAGGAAUUCCCAUUAUUUAAUAUAAUAUUUUCAGGGAAAAGCGACGAGGCGACGGUGCUGCGAAUUAAGAGUGUGACGGCGAAGCAGGUCGAUCAAUAA